UGACGACCUACAAGUGACUCACGGUUACCGAAAGUUGUGCAAUUGGCUCGACUGCCGCGCGCCCGGGUGGAGUGUUGUCGGCGAGGUCCUUCGUUGUCUGGGUGACUAUCGAUACGUCUGGAUGCUCCACGGAAUGCUUGAUACUAGUGAGGAAAUGGGUGACCGGCGCCUGGACCCAGGGGGUCCUCUGGAGAACAAGCUUCUGAAAUCGUUGACGAAGUCAGUCAGUCUUAAAACCGCAGGGAGCCUGGGGAAGCGCAAACCUACUUCCUCCGGAUCUUCCCUGUUGUCUAAAACAGGCUCAUUGGAGAACGCUGUUCUCAACAAACUCACCCUGAGAUCAUCAGUUGUGACGAAAACAUCGAACACUCUGCCGCUGACGAAUUCCAUCCUAAACCAGUAUGAGGCCGAGCACCAGCCAAAGAAGUGCAGGCGAACCGAUGACAUCCCAGUUUGUGACACUGCCAUGGCAUGUGCGAUGCCAUCCUAUCUCGAUGAAGAAGUUGAAGCAUCCCUAGUCUCAUCGUCUGGCAGUGGGGCUAGCGAUGAAGACGACGACCUCGGAGGCUUCCUUUUUAGUGGAGACAUCAAUGAAAGACACGCGCGCGCUCCCAGAGUUCGAAACGCUGAAAGACUGUUGAAGAAGAAGGCAUGCAGAGGUGCACCCUUCGGCUUCGGUGCCGCUGCCGCCCCGGGCAGGCUUGCUCUGUUUGGCAGCGCGGAGGAGAGUUGGGCUCUGCCCGACACCCAGUACGACUUCAAGGACGUCAGCCUGGAGCACGAGUUUGACGACCAGCCGACGUGGAGCUCGCUGCAGGAGGCGGAGCAGCAGGGCGCCGACAGCAAGCGCGCCGCUAAGCUCGACUUCCUGUCUGCUGUGUGUGUGUCGCUGGUGAGCCAAACAGACUUCAGAGACAAGUCUGACUCCAUGCGACAGCGCCUCAUUGAGCUCGCCCAGGUGCUGGUCAACCACGAGCCAGAGUUCAUCCUGAAGAUGGCGCUGUACGCUCGCCAAGAGCUGUACCUGCGCAGUACGGCCAACUUCCUGCUGGCGUUGGCCGCCCUGCUCGAGCCGUGCCGGCCCUUCCUGAAGAAGUACUACUGCGGAGCCGUCCGCCUCCCCACUGACUGGAUAGAGGUGGCCGAACUGUACCAGGUGUUCGACGACAGCAAUCUGAACUUCGGCUCGCUGCCGGCCGCCCUGCGGAAGGUGAUGGUGGACAAGUUCGGCGAGUUCGACAACUACCAGCUCGCCAAAUACAACAAGAACAAAAAGCCGAAAGCGAACGCGUCCGCCGCAGCGGCCUCGGACGCCGGCGACGGCGAGGAGUCUGAGGAACAGCUGAGGCGCCGCUCCUUCAGCAUCAAGAAGCUGGUGCGGCUGCUGCACGUGCGCCGCCCCGUCGAGCCCGUUAUGGCCAUCGUCGGCAAGAAGUACCCGACCGACCCGGACGAGUUCCGGCGCACCGGUCUGCCCGGCACGUUCGACUCGGCUCGCGCCGGCGUACGCAUGAAGCUGCCCGUGCCGGAGACCUGGGAGACGCAGGUGGCGCUGCACGGCAACAAGGCCGAAGUCUGGCAGCAGCUGAUCGACCACAAGAAGCUGCCGUACAUGGCCAUGCUGAGGAACAUCCGGAACCUGAUCCUGGCCAACAUCGGCUGCACGCAUCACGAAAAGGUGCUGAAGUCGCUGACCAAUCAGAAAGCCGUGCUGAACAGCAAGCAGAUGGCGUUCAGGUACCUGUCCGCCUACGCGGCCCUGGACGAUCUGGAGAAGAUGCUGAGGGAGGAGAAGGACAAGCAGACCGAGGACGCGCCCAAGUACACGCCUGCCAACCCGGCCGGCAAGAAGUUUGCCAAAGGGCUCUGGAUGAAGCGCAAGAGGCGGGUCAUAACCGCCAAGAAGAGGAAGAUCGAUUACGAUCUGCACAUGCUGCGACAGUACCGGGCGGCGCUGGAUCGGGCAGUCCAGAUCGCCACCGUGCACAACGUGCCGCCCAUCGCCGGCAAAACGCAUGUGUUCUGCGACGUCUCCAAGCGCAUGAACCGCGUGUGCGCCUCCGCCAAGGGCAUGGGCAAGCCCAAGACGGCCCGCACCAUGGCCAUCCUGCUGUCGCUGAUGUGCCAACGCUCGGCGGAGAACUGUGAGCUGGUGGCUUUCGGCGACGGCGCGCCGUACGUGGUGGAGGACAAACGAAACGUCGACCUGCUGCAGGAGGUCGCCUCGCUGGAGGAGUCGGCCGAUGCCCAGCAGAUUGAGUUCGGCCGCGCGGAUGACCCGGAUGGCACCAUGUCCGGCAUUGGCGACGUGGAGGAAAUGGUUGAGCAGUGCCUCCAGAACCGGCAGUGGAUCGACACCGUGGUGGUGAUGGGCUCUGGCGCCGGCACCUGGCAGCUGAGUCGCACGCUGGAGCUGUACCGCCAGCUGGUCAACCCCGGUCUGCAGUUCAUCUCGAUCGACCUCACGCACACCGGACACGUGGACAACCAUCUGCUGGACGACCCCCGCAACAUCUCGCUCUUCGGCUUCAGCGACCAGAUCCUGCGGUUUGUGGCCGAGCGCGGCAUCACCGGCCAGCUGGCGGCCGUCGACGCCAUCGACGUCAAGUACAACCUGCGCCGCGACAUCCGGCUGCCGGCCAUCAACCUGCGCGAGGCCAUCCUAGCGUCGGAGGGCGGCGUCGGCGUGGCCAGGUGGCGCACCGUGCGCGUCUUCAUCUCGUCCACGUUCGUGGACAUGCACGGCGAGCGGGACCUGAUCAUCCGCCACGUGAUGCCCGAGCUGCGCAGCCGCGCGCGCGCCCUCCGCCUCGACCUGCAGGUGGUGGACCUGCGCUGGGGCAUCACCGUCGAGGACGCCGCCGCCGCCAGGCAGGUGGAGCUCUGUCUGUCCGAGAUCGACCGCUGCCAGCUGUUCGUGGGUCUGCUGGGCGCACGCUCCGGCCGCGUGGCCGACACGAGGCGCGUGACGGAGCCGCGCCUGCUGGAGUUCCUGUCCGCCCAGACGGCCGACCUCUCGCUCACGGCGUUGGAGAUGCUGUACGCCACGCGGGAGCCGGAGCGGGCCCGCCAGAUGGCCGUGUUCUACCAGCGCGAAGACAGCUUCCUCAGCGGAGUCCCCGGCCACUUCAUGGAACAGUUCUCGGAUCUGGCGGCGGGCCGCCGCCGCGUGGCCCACCUCCAGGCCGAGAUUCAGUCCCGCGGCUGCGCCAUCACCAAGUACAGCGCCAACUUCGGCAGCCUGGGAGGCGGCAGGCACGGCGCCCUCGCUCUGCAGACGUUUGGCGAGAACAUCAUGAAGACACUGUGGAACACGUUGCAGUCGCUCUACCCCCUGGAGGCGACGACAUGCGACCUGGUGACCGAGGAGUACACGCUGCAGCACGAGUUCGGCCUCGCCCAGAAGCUGGUGGGACGCCAGGGCCGGCUGGCCACGACCGUGGAGCUGGUGGAGCGGGGUCAGGGCCGUAUCAUCCUGGUGGCCGGCAAAGCUGGCAGCGGCAAGACCUGCUUCGUGGGCCGCGUGUACAGCCAGCUGUCCGAGUGCUCGGACCACCUGAGCCGCCUCCUGGUGCCGGCCUUCUGCUCGGCGGGUGUGCAGUGCGGCUCGUCGGCCGGCCUGCUGGCCUACCUGCGCGCGCUGCUGGCCCGCCAGCCGCUCUCGGCCGCGCCGCGUCACCAGCUGGCCGCCGAGCUGGUCGAGCUGCUGGCCGUGCGCGGCCGCCGCCAGCACGUGGUGCUGGUGCUGGACGGACUGGACGCCCUCUGGCAGGCCGAGGGCGAGGCUGCCGUCGACUGGCUGCCUAUUGAGAUGCCCAAGAAUGUGACGCUCCUGAUAAGCGCCGACGAGGGCAGCGCCCUGUAUCGCCGCAUCAACUCCAAGCUCAUGGUGACGUCAGUGAACCUCGGCACACUCAGCCUUUCCGAGCGCGCCGGCUUGGUGCGCGAGAUGCUGCAGCACCACAGCAAGACACUGGAGGAGAAGGCGUGGAACAACCAGCUGCGCACGCUUACGUCCAAGCGCGGUGCCUGCGACCCGCUCUACCUGCAGCUGGCCUGCGAGGAGCUGCGCACCUUCGGCGAGUUCGACCAGCUGAGCGCCAAGCUGGCCUCGCUGGGCCAGACGGUGCCGGCGCUGACGCAGGACGUGAUCGGCCGCCUGGAGGAGACCUUCGACGGCCAGCUGGUGCGGCUGGCGCUCGGCGCGCUCACCAUCUCACAGCACGGUCUGGCCGAGGACGAGCUGUUCGACUUCCUGAAGGAGCAGUCGCGUGCCUGGUCGCCGCAGCCGCUGACCCAGUUCACGUUCACCAGCCUGCUGAGGUCGGGAGAGUGCCUGCUGCAGCGGUCGGCGGCGCCCGGCCAGCCGGCGCUGUUGCGGGUGGCGCACGCGGAGAUGGCUCGCGUCAUCCGCUCCCGCUACAUGGCCGGACCGCAGGGCCCUGCCGCAGUGCGCGAGCUGGCCCAGCAGCUGGCAGAGUUCUUCGAGUGUCGCAGCGGCCUGUCGGAGGAGACGUUCAGCUGGCAGGUGCCGCCGGGCGUGCUGCAGGCGCUGCCGUUCUUCUGGGGCCUGGCCGAGGACAUGGACGAGUACCGGCGUGUCGUCUGCUCGCUCAGGUACCUGAUGCUGAAGGCGCAGGCCGGGCUGGCGGCCGAGCUGCUGGGGGACCUGCGCGCCGCCCAGCUGCCCGACUCGCCGGCGCGCCGGCUCUACCUGGAGCACCCGCACGUGCGCGAGGUGACCGAGUUCGUCUCGCACAGCCUGCACCUGUUCUUCAGGUCCCCCAGCCUGGUGCUACAGCAGGCGCUGAACGAGCCGGCCGACAGCUGGCCGGCCGCGCCCACCUGUCCCCCAGCCUGGUGCUGCAGCAGGCGCUGA